AUGGUGACGCCGUUUUCUAUAAACGAUAUUUUGAAUCAGAAAUGUGGACAGAAAAUUGAAGACGAUGAGGAACUGCAAGAGUCUGCACUGGACAUGUCCAAAGUUCAUCGAACAAAUAUAGACUCGCCGUCUACCAGCCCCCGCUCGCCUUCGCCACCAAGCUACUCUUCACCACCUCCCGCGGCCUCAACCAAUCGCUGCACCGCCGCGGCCUCGGACGAGUCCGGGCGCGACUCCGGAGGCGCCGGACGAAAGAAGAGGUCGCGGGCGGCGUUCACGCACGCGCAGGUGUUCGAGCUGGAGCGCCGCUUCAGCCAGCAGCGGUAUCUGAGCGGGCCGGAACGGGCCGACUUGGCGGCCGCGUUGAAGUUGACUGAGACGCAGGUUAAAAUAUGGUACCAGAACCGACGAUACAAGACCAAGCGGAAACAGCUCCAAAUGCAAGAAUCUAACUUACUCAACUCCAACGCCAGGAAGGUGGCAGUCAAAGUAUUAGUUAAAGACGACAUUCCUAUCUUCCUUCAACAAAAGCCAGCUCUAUAUCAAAAACCUAGCUACUUUCCAGAAGCUGGAAAGAACGAGUUCUUUGUAUACGAUCAGCUCAAUAAAUCUAUGGGACAGAAAUACCCUAAAAUGUUACAGGAGUCGAUGCUGAGUUUAUGUCAGCAAUACUCUAGUCAAGUACAAUUGUUUCCUUACUUUAAUUAUUACCAUCCGUCGCUUUUUGGUAGUUUAAGUCAGCAAGAUGAUGACGUAGCAUCGGAAAGUCGGGAACAGAAUUGAGAUGUACUAUAUCAAAAUUAGCAAUAUUAGAAUUAGGUGUUUUUUUGUUAUUUAGUAUGAUACCAAAGAAAGACGCUAUACACAAAGGAACAAAAUGCUCACUUUUGUCGACUAUUUUUUCUGCACUAGAUUAAUCGGAUAUUACUCUACUUUAUACACACUCACUAAAUAUGUUUCUGUAGUCAGUCGGAAAUAACCAAAACUAAAAUAAUAAUCUACUUGAUAGAUUCCCGAAAUAAUUACCAAAGUUUUCCACAUUCAGUGACAGCUGACGAUUAGGUCAAAAGCACAGGGACUAUUAGAAAUAGGAAGGAAUAUCAAGUGAUUUGAGAAAAAUAUCCAU